AUGCAACCACAAAUAUUUCUUAUUUUAUUUUGUUUGAUUGCAACAUUUUUUAUUGAUUCAAACAAUGGUGCAUCGACAAAAGAUAAACCAUCGCCUAAUAAAAAUAAGAAGACUUCAACGAAUACAAAGCCAAUUAUUCUCGGUGGUCAUACAGCAUGGACUACAGUGAUCAAACCAAAACAUAAAAAAAUCUUUGAUGAUUAUAAAAACAUUACGUUUAAAAAACUUCAAGAAAUUCAUAAAAUACCAAAAUCAUUCGAUCUUAAACCAGAUAAAUAUUCGAAACAAAUUGUUGGUGGAAUUAAUCAUCUCUAUUUAAUAAAAUUACCAAUAAAUAAAUAUGCAUUUGUAUCCAUUCAUCAUCGUGUAUGGAAAAAAGAUCAUUAUGGUAAAGAAGAAAAUGUUCAAAUACGACCACAAACUUAUGAAUUAAAUGAUAAAAAUGUUUAA